AUGCGCAUGCGUAGACCUGGUUCACAUGACAAGGUCUCGAGCUCGAAGGACUUCUCUCUCGUUCAGUAGGCGAUCGAGACGACAGGGAAGAUGGCAGCCCAGAGCCAGGGGAUCAAGAAGCUGAUGCAGGCAGAGAAGGAGGCCGCUCAAGUCGUGGCCUCAGCGAGAAAGAAGAAGGCCCAGAGACUCAAGGAAGCAAAGGAAGAGGCGGCAAAGGAAAUUGAAGAGUAUCGUAAGCAGAGAGAGACCCUGUUCCAGGACAAGCAGCAGAAGUACGCCGGCUCCAAGGACGACUUUGCCCAGUUGAUGCAAGAGGACACGCAGAAGAAGAUCAAGGAGAUCGAGGCACAGGUCGACACCAACAAGGAGGCAGUCAUAAAGAGAUUGCUGGAACUCGUGAGUGACAUAAAGCCAGAACUGCACCAGAACAUUCUACUUCAACAGCAGAAGGAAAAGUAGGCGUCAAUUUAGUCGCUACAUAGUUUUGGCAUCUCGGCUUGCUUCAUUAUAAAUAAAUUAAAGUGUGUAGAGAAUUUUGUAGGGCAACUGCAUAAAUCAUUAUUAUUAUUGUGUAUUAUUGUAGGUUGUUUGUGUUGCUAGGUAGUCUGUAUAAUUAUGUUCUUUUGUCUCUGUGGGUGAUAUACAUUGGCCCUCUUCACAGCAUAAUUGUUGAAAGUUGUGUUACGAUAAUAAUAUAUAAAACACAAACUACUGUUGAAGUGUC